AGUUGUUAGAAGGGUAUAUGAUCAGUUGUUCCCGCAUAUUUAUCUGAAAAUUACCCAUAAUCAAGUUCGCAAACCGAAUUGGAGUUAUUAGCUAUAUAAAGACGACGAAGAGACAGUUGACAAAAUUGCUCAGCAGUAAUCAUACAGUGAUCAACAUUUUGGAACCUCAUUAAAGGAGAUUAGCAACGAAUAGUGGACUUUUAUUAUCGAACUACACAUGUAUGUAAUUAUAUCGCUUUAAUUAUACAUACAUUGGACAUAAUAAAGUGAUAAUCGUUAAAGUGUAUUGCAUGUUGAACAUGUACUACCGAUGCUAAGUGCUACUACGAAAGAUCUGAACUCCAUCAUCAGCAACGACGGAACAACACCAGCAGUAGCAACACGAAUCUAAUGGUUUUAUCGAUGUUUUAACCAUAGUGCUGUUUUUAUUUUACCAAUUCGACCAGGGACUUUCACCACAGACAAUGACCAUAGACUUGUUAUAUAGGCUUAAAUAAUAGCCUUGUAAAUAGAAAGUGAUAAGUCUUACGGGGUAACCUGUAUAUAUUUUAGCUAUUUAUUGCAUUAGUGCUAUCAAGCUCAACGCUGGAUUCUGUGUAUUAUAAAGAUAUGUUGAACAUUGGUGGUGUACCGGAAGGCAUGGACCCGGAAAUGGCUCACCAGCAUCAGAAGUCCGCCUUCAUGGAGAUGCAGAACCAAGGAAUGGGUCCGGGCAUGGGGCACCCCGCUUACCCUAACAGGGGUCUCUAUCAGGGCCACCCACACGCGGGGCAGUAUGACGCAGGUCUGGUGACGUCACAAUCGUCAAGAGGCAUCACCGGGUAUCCGUUCCCCAUGAAUUCUAUGUCGAUGUCUCCAACGUCCGCGUACAACCACGGCGCGCCCGGUCACCCUUUUUCCAUGCCGUCAUACCAUCAGUCAACGACUCCGCCCAGAGAAGACAAACCGAACAUGGAGGAUCUCCGAAUGACGAAGGGCAAGAAGAUGCGGAAACCGCGCACGAUUUACUCGAGCCUACAGCUCCAGCAGCUCAACCGGAGGUUCCAGCGGACACAGUACUUGGCACUUCCGGAGCGCGCGGAGCUUGCCGCCUCUCUCGGGCUCACUCAGACGCAGGUGAAAAUCUGGUUCCAAAACAGACGCUCAAAAUACAAGAAGAUAAUGAAGCAGAGCCCAGGGAGCACGCCAAGUCAGAUGAGUGGGGGUAACCCGGGGUCCGUAACGCCACAACCCCAGCAGGGCCAGGGCUCCCCACCACCCCCAUCCUCCGCUCAGCACCCAGGGGAAGGGAUCCCGACGUCACAACACGGACAACAUCAGCAGGCGGCACCACUCAGCAACAACAACAGUGUUCCGAAUGGCCACCACCACGGCAUGAUGCCACCACAAUCCUCAAGCGUCAGUCCACAACCGGAAAUGAAGUGGUCAGAUAUAAACAAUAUGAACUCUUCGUCAGCGAGUAACGCCUAUAUGUCCGGUAUGCCAAUGUCAGCCAUGGCACCGCACCAUUAUUCCUGGUAUUCAAAUCCACACCAACAGUCGCUCCUUACAUAAAGACGUGUUAAAUAGACAGUAAAUUAUGUGUUAAACCUAUUGCCAUUUCAGUUCAAAGCGUUGCUUUUUCCGCACAUGAUAUUCCAACGCCGCCUGCCGGCGACUUACCUCUUCAUUCCGACGUCAAAUCGUCCUAGCAACGCUCUUGUUGAAUUGAACACUUUGACAUUCCAGAUCGCCAUUUCAAAUAUUGUUCAAAACGUACUCUCUGAGUGUGGACAUGAAAUUGGCAUUUUAAAAAAUGACAAAUGUCAAAAAAGAACUUACCUGUAAACACUUUUGUAACAAAUAAGUCACCAAAAGCUCGAACACAAGUUACAUGAGUGGCGCCAUGUGUUACUUCAAUGUACAUGUUCGUAUUACUAUCCUACUGUCUCUUGAAUUGUGUAAGUGAUGCUCAAAAGUGUAUUACUCAAAAUACACGAAAUUAUGUUGUGUAUUAUAACAUAAAUGUGUAUAUAUGCACUCUCGUGUUCAAAGAAUUGCCAGCGAGUGCACGUCUGUUCUAAAUAUAGCGCCAAAUGUUUCCGUGUCAAAAAUGGCAGCCUGCCAAAAUGUGUUUUAAAAUCGACAGGUAUUUUUGACAUUUCUGUGUUACUGUUGUAAAGAAAAUAGUUUCGUACAUGUGGUGAAAUUGUGUGUUAACAUUCUCAUUUUGGCGUAAAGAUGAUUUUGUUGAUUUUUAUAAGAAAAAAAACCAGUAUCCAAGACACAAGGGCAUGGCUCAGGGUAUGUGGAAAGGAUAUAUUUAAUACUUUUGUGAGUUGUGUCUUUAAAUUUGUUUCUUAAUCAAACGCUAGAUAUUGUGUACGGUAGUGAAGCUGGUACUGUAUAAUAUAAAAAUAAAAGUUAUAUGUAUAUAUUUAUUGCAUUUUUAUUUUAAAUGUUUUACAUGUUGUCAUGUUAUUUCAGAAAUUUCUACGAUAUAUUGUUUUCAUUUAAUACAUGUAUUUGCUGCCUGUACUGCAAUAUUUCUUCAGUUAGAUAUACGAAAUAAAGCUGACAAUAAGAAAUGUCGAACCAUCAUAUGUUUUAACAUUUUUCUAAGGACUUAAGAAUUGUACAUUUUCUUCUUUCUGCAUCCGAUGUAUCAAAUGUGAAAUUUCAGUGCUGAUAUUGUUUAUUAUAUUGUUUUGUUAUUCAAUAUUAUAAUUUUUCAAACAUUCCAUUUUACAGGACCAAAAACUUACUUUUGUUUUAUGUUUGUAAAUGAAUAUUCAAAACUAAAAAAAGACAGUACAGUGUAAAUACUACGUUUUGCUUAAUUUGUGAACAAAUGUUGUUCAUUUUCCAAAUAAAUGUAUACCAAGUAAAACUUUCAAAACUUUUAAAACCAAAUUUUCAUCAUUCAUAUAACAUAGCAAAAUGAAUACUGUAGUUUUUCGUUUUGAAUAGUCAACGCUGACAUUGCAAGUUAAUGUAUUUUUUUCUUAUUAACAAGUUACAAUAGUGGUAAAACCACUUUGCAUUUAAUAUGUAGUUGAAUGAGAUUAAAAAAUGAAAUUGA